AAUGUAGGACCAGGGGCUAAUGUUAGACCAGGAGCCAAUGCUGAACCAGUGGCCACUGCUGAACAAGGAGCAAAGUAUUUUAAUGUUAUGUGGUGCAAACGUUCAAAUAAGAAACACAAAAAAUGGGAAGGGGAUGCCAUCUUACAGGCAAAGGGAAGAAGUGUUAGUCUGUUUGAUAUGGAAGGAAAAGAGAUAGGCAAGGCCACUGGUUAUAAGAUCGCUGAGUUGCAGAACUUGACUGAAGGAGAAACUUUACCCAUUGGGGGCAAACAAAUUGAGGUGAUGGGGUAUGUGACUCCAGAGCAGUUUUCCAGUGGAAAAUGCUUCACAUCUGCUGGCCAAGUUGAAAUACAGCAAGAAGUAAAUCCAAAACCCAAAAGUUUUAAACCAUUUGUGAAGCCCACAAAACUUCACACCAAUGGUGGCAACCCAUUACACAGGGCUAAGAUAGUGAAAGUGAGUGGUCCAAGGUUUGACCCCACUAUGGUUGAUGCUCUAGUCAUGCCCCGUCCAAAUCAGGCACAUCAGUGGCAGUUGAAUAAAGAGGGGCUAGCAGUCAUCGAUGUUGUCGUCGAUCCAUACAUCUCGACCCAUUUACGUCCACAUCAGCGAGAUGGAGUCGUAUUUCUCUAUGAGUGCAUUAUGGGAUUCAGAAACUUUCAUGGAAAUGGUGCAAUUUUGGCAGAUGAUAUGGGGCUAGGCAAAACAUUACAAUGUAUCUCACUGGUUUGGACACUGCUUAAACAGGGACCAUAUGGAGGAAAGGCAGUCCUGAAGAAAAUCCUAAUUGUCACUCCUGGUAGCUUGGUGAAGAAUUGGAUGCGGGAGUUUAAGAAAUGGUUAGGAACUGAGAGAAUUCAGGUGUUUACUGUUGACCAGGACAACAAAGUUCAGGAGUUUAUUAAAUGUGGUAUCCACCCCGUGAUGAUUAUUUCAUAUGAGAUGUUUAUACGGUCCCUCGAAAGUCUCAAAGCUGUGACAUUUGAUCUAGUCAUAUGUGAUGAAGGACAUAGACUGAAGAAUACAACUAUUAAAACCACAUCAAGUCUAAUGAGUCUUCCUACACGCAGGAGGAUAGUGCUAACAGGUACCCCAAUACAGAAUGACCUGCAAGAGUUCUUCUCAAUAGUGGAGUUUACCAACCCAGGAGUUCUAGGGUCCAGUUCUGCAUUCAGACGUGUCUAUGAAGACCCCAUAAUAACAUCGAAGCAACCAAGAGCAACUUCUGAAGAGAAAGAAAUAGGAGGGCAGCGUGCAGCAGAACUAAAUCGAUUGACAGGAAUGUUUGUCCUGAGACGCACGCAAGAAAUAAAUAAUCGCUAUUUACCACCAAAAGUGGAGCUAGUGAUAUUUUGUCCUCCAACUGAACUCCAGUUGAACAUCUACAGAAAACUUAUUGCAUCACGUCUCGUGAGGUCAUGUUUUUCACGUAACAGUAAUGGUAGCCCCCACUUAAUGUGUAUAGCAGCUAUGAAGAAAUUGUGUAACCACCCCUGGCUGCUCUUUGAGAAAGCAAAAGAAUCUGAGGAGGCAUUCAAUUUGGACUCUGAGAAUGAUGAGGAAUCCCUCUACCAAGACAUAUUUUCACUCUACCCUGACCAAUUUGAAGAGCUGAUCCUGCACCCAGCAGCAUCGGGGAAAUUAACUGUUCUUCAGGGCAUCUUGCAAGAACUCUCAGCAUCUAAAGAACGUGUUGUUUUGGUCUCAAAUUACACCCAGACAUUGAACAUUCUGGAGCACAUGUGUCAGAGGUCUAACUAUACUUAUGUGAGGCUGGAUGGACAGACACCAACAGCUAAAAGACAACAACUUGUGGAAAAUUUCAAUAGCAAAUAUUCUGAUACAUUUAUUUUCCUACUGAGUUCAAAAGCAGGAGGUGUCGGCUUGAAUCUGAUUGGUGCAUCAAGGCUGGUGCUCUACGAUAUCGAUUGGAACCCAGCCAAUGAUCUCCAAGCAAUGGCACGAGUUUGGAGGGAUGGGCAGCGAAAGAAAGUUUACAUCUAUAGAUUGUUUACUACAGGAACAAUUGAAGAGAAAGUCUACCAAAGACAAAUAAGCAAACAAGGACUCAGUGGAGCUGUUAUGGACUCUAAAACUACAAUACAAAAUGUCAAAUUUUCUCUGGAGGAUCUCAAGGAUUUGUUCACAUUGAGAGAUGAAACAGACUGUGAUACGCACGAUUUGUUGAACUGUAAAUGCGAGACCUCAUCAAACAUAGAAUCCUCAACAGGUCAGGAGAACAACACCAGAAGAUGUCAACUUGGAGCAACCAAAAAUACAAAACAAAAGAAAAAUCUGUCAAUGGAUGAACUGAUGUCUUGGCAGCAUAUCCCAAGAAACAAUUUAGAAUCAUUAAAUCAGGAUUAUCACCUUGGCAACUCUGAAGCUGGUAUAUCAUAUGUAUUCUGGCAAGAAAGCAACAAAGGAAGUGAAUAGAAAAGUUUAAGCUUAUAUAUUCUGGCAAGAAAGCAACAAAGGAAGUGAAUAGAACAGUUUAAGCUUAUAUAUAUUCUGGCAAGAAAG